GGGCGUUCUGUUAGCUGCAAUCAUAGUAGCAUGCGUUGUCCUGUCCUGCCUUCAGAAUGCCCACGACGCCAUCAGGCCCAGUACUGAGAGAGAGGCUGCUCCAACGUCUUCCCAUCUGGAGAACCUGAAAUCCUCAACAUUCUGGGUGUUUUCUAUCUUGCUCGCCCAAUCCAAUUCCUGGCAGGUGAAAGCGCGCUCCUUGGCUGGCGUUUGGCUGCUCAUGGUGUUCGUCGUGGCCACCGUCUACCGCUCGAACCUCAUGGCGAUGCUCAUCUCGCCCAAGGUGAAGCUGCCCUUCGACAGUCUCGAGGAACUUGGCUACACCGAUAUCACUGUAUGGGCGCCCACCGGAAGUCUCUUCCACGAUGCCAUGAACGAAGCAGCCCCCGAUACUCCACUAGCCAGCGUUAGAAAGCAGGUCUACCUCUCUAACUUCAGUCCAAAAGUGAUGUUCGAUUACUUAUCGGGUAAAAUGGGUAUGACGUCCAUGCGUGGGACGCUGAUUUACUACCUGGAUCUUGGCUUCUCAAAGUACGGAUUUUGCAAGCAUUAUGUGAUGUCAACGGGAUUCUUCAGGACAACUUCACUAAGCCUUGCAUUCCCCAAAAAUUCAACACUUAAACCGAAAGUGGAUAAAAUAAUCAUUCGUCUUCGUGAAUCCGGGAUCAUUGAGCACCUCUUUCGGUCUCGUGUCUCCAAUGCCACCGAGUGUCUGAAGCCGGUCGGGGUGGAGAGCAGCAGUAUAGAGAGACCCUUAGAACUCGGUGAUUUCUACGGGGUUUUUAUUGUCUAUGCUGUCGGAAUCGCCUUGGCAAGUCUCUCCUUCCUGCUGGAGUUCGCGAUAGCCUGCGGAAAAACUACAAGCCAUGCUGAAUGAAAACUUCCAGUGAUGAAAUUUCCGUAAAACAAUGGAACUGGCAAAUUUUAUUUGAGGCUUCGAACCAUCAAAAUGUAUUCUAAACUUUAUUGUUAGAAUAGUUGUCACAGAUAAGUUCACAAAACCUAUUUCAUUAGUAUAGCAGUUGACGGUAUGUAUUUGCCUUAAUUUCGGAAGCAUUUCCUCUACCAAGUUGUGUUGACUAGUAAAAUACAUAGUUUUAUGUGAGUACUUAUAUUCUAGCUUUUAGUUUUGUUUCUUUAUGCUCGAGAGUUAGAACUUCCUUGAAUAAUAAUGAUACCACAAAAUAUAUUUCUGAUAUUCAUAAUAAAUUUGUGAUACUGCUCUCUUCACUUCUCUUCUUGGUCUAAAUCCCUGUAUACUUUUCCUGUUUUUCCAUGCCAUUAUUUUACUUCACUUAUUAACUAGUUGUGUUCGCUUAGGGGAUAGUAGAAAUUAGUGUGGAAAACAUUACUCUAAAUUGAAGACAUGUUCAUCCCGUAUAUUUUAUUUGCUUAUUUGUAAUUCUCUGACCAGUUUUAUCAUGCAAUAAAGGAUAUUUAAUGGCA